AGAGUAUAAGCAGGCAAGACAAGAGAGCCGUAUGAGAGAGGGUGAGAGAUAGAGACAAAACCCCCAAAGUGUCGAGAAAGCUUCAAAGUCUCACAGUGUGAGGGGUUUUGGUCAGGAUGCGGCCGGCUCUGUUCCUCUGUCCCGUCCUGAUCUCUGUGCUGUUUCUUCUGUCCUCUCUGAGCCUCAUCAGCGGCUGUAAUAAGGCUCUGUGUGCCAGCGACGUCAGCAAAUGUCUGCUACAGGGUCUCUGUCAGUGCCGGCCUCAGGAGGGAAACUGCUCGUGUUGUAAAGAGUGUAUGUUGUGUUUAAGUGCUCUCUGGGAGGAGUGCUGCGACUGUGUGGGGAUGUGUAACCCUAGGAGCUACAACGACAGUCCUGCCACCUCCAAAAGCACGGUGGAGGAGCUUUACCGGCCGAUCCCAUCGCUUUUCCGCGCUCUGACAGAAGGAGACGCUCCCAUUAACAUGAUGGUGGUGUCGUUCCCUGUGGCUGAAGAACUGUCCCAUCACGAGAACCUGGUGUCCUUUCUGGAGACCCUCGACAGCCAGAGCCAAAACAUCUCUCUGCCCACCAGCAGCGCACAGGACGAUGCCUUGUGUACGGUGGUCUACUUUGAUGACUGUGUGUCCAUCCGUCAGUGUAAGCAGUACUGCGAGUCUAUGGGUGGAUCAAAGUACCGCUGGUUUCAUAACGCCUGCUGCGAGUGCAUCGGGCCAGAGUGUCUGGACUACGGCAGCAAAACCGUCAAGUGCAUGAACUGCCUGAUCUGAGGCUCCACAACAAACACCUUCUCUUCUCGUUUACAUCACCUUUCAUCUAUAGUUCACACAAAACUGACAAUUACGUCUUUAGUCAUCUUUUACUUUUCUUUCUUCUGUUAAACACAAAAGAAGAUGUUUUGAAGAAUGUUGGAAACCUGUAACCAUUGACCUCCAUUGUAUUUGUUUUUUCUACUAAGGAAGUCAAUGGUUACCAGUUUUCAGCAUUCUUUAAAAUGUCUUCUUUAGCAUUCAACAGAAGAAAGACACUAAAGAAAAUAUUUUGAAGAGUGUUGGAAACCUGUAGCUAUUGACUUCCAUUGUAUUUGUUUUUCUUAUUGUUGAAGUCAAUGGUUACCGUUUUUCAGCAUUCUUCAAAAUAUCUUCUUUCGCGUUCAACAGAAGAAAGACAUAAAAGAAGAUAUUUUGAAGAAUGUUGUAAACCUGUAACCUUUCUAUUCACUUGUAUUUGUUUUACUUAUUAUGGAAGUCAAUGGUUACAGAGAUAAAAGAUAAGAUACUCAUAAAGUUUAGGAACCACUUGUGGGAGAAAAAAUUGUGAGUAAAUUUAAACUUCUGGGUGAACUAUCCCUUUAGUCUUGUCUGAUGGAAAUAAGUUCACCCCAAAAUGAAAGACACAGAAUAUAUUUUGAAGAAUGUUGUAAACCUGUAAUUUUAACUUCCAUAAUAUUUGUUUUUAUUAUUAUGUAAGGCAAUGGUUACUGGUUUUGAGCAAUCUCCAAAAUAUCUUCUUCAGUGUUCAACAGAAGAAAGACACAAAAGAAGACAUUUUGAAGAAUGUUGGGAACCUGUAACCAUUGACUUCCAUGGUAUUUGUUUUUCCUACUAUGAAAGUCAAUGGUUACAGAUUUCCAACGUGUCUCAAAAUGUCUUAUUUUGUGUUCAACAUUGGAAAUACACAAAAGUAGAUAUUUUGUUGAAUGUUGGAAACCUGUAACUAUUGACUUUCAUAGUAUUUGUUUUUCUUUAAAUGGAAGUCAAUGGUUACAUAUAGAAAAGAUAAGAUACUGGAAGCAGAGCAAAUUAAUAUUGUCUUGUGGAAAACAAGUUCACCCCAAAAUUAUAAUUUACUCACUCUUUACUCUCCCUCAAGUGGUUAUACAUUUUUUUUAAGAGUCUUUCUUCUGUUGAACACUAAAGAAGAAUGUUGGAAUUCUGUAACCAUUGACUUCCGUUUUUGUUGUUUUUUUACUACUAUGGAAGUCAAUGGUUACAGGUUUUCAGCAAUCUUCAAAAUAUCUUCUUUAGCAUUCAAUAGAAGAAAGACACAAAAUAAGAUAUUUUGAAGAAUGUUGGGAACCUGUAACCAUUCACUUCGACAGUAUUUGUUUUUCUUACUAUGGAAGACAAUGGUUGCAGAUUUUCAACAUGCUUAAAAAUAUCUUCUUUAGUGUUCAACAAGAAAGUAACAGAAGAAGAUAUUUUGAAAAAUGUUGGAAACCUGUAAUAUUGAUUUCCAUAGUGUUUGAUUUUAUUAUUAUGAAAGUCAAUAGUUACCAGUUUUCAGCAUCCUUCAAAAUAUCUUCUUAGCGUUCAACAGAAGACAUAAAAGAAGAUAUUUUAAAGAAUGUUGUAAACCUGUAAUAUUGACUUCCAUAAUAUUUGUUUUUCUUAUUAUGGAAGUCAAUGGUUACUGGUUUUCAGCAUUCGUCAAAAUAUCUUCUUCAGUGUUCAACAGGAGAAAGACACAAAAGAAAAUAUUUUGAAGAAUAUUGGGAACCUGUAACCAUUGACUUUCACAGUAUUUGUUUUUCCUACUUUGGAAGUCAAUGGUUACAGAUUUCCAACAUGUUUUAAAAUAUCUUCUUUUGUGGCUUCUGUUGAACGCUAAAGAAGAUAUUCUAUAAUAUUGAUUUCCAUAGUGUUUAAUUUUAUUAUUAUGGAAGUCAAUGGUUACCAGUUUUUAGCAUUCUUAAAAAUAUAAUAUUUAUUGUUUAACAGAAGACACAGAAGAUAGUUUGAAGAUUGUUGGGAACUUGUAACCAUUGGCUUUCAUUGUAUUUGUUUUUCUUACAAUGGAAGUCAAUGGUUACAGAUUUUUAACAUUCUUCAAAAUUUCUUAUUUAGCGUUCAACAGAAGAAAGACAUAAAAGAAGAUGUUUUGAAGAAUGUCGGAAACCUGUAAUAUUAAUUGCCAUAGUGUUUGAUUUUAUUAUUAUGGAAGUCAAUGGUUACAGAUAAAAUAAGAUAAGAUACUGGAAGCACUUAAGGCAGAGUAAAUUGUAAGCAAUUUUAAUUUUUUGGGUGAACUAACUCCUUAUUCUUGUCUUUUGGGAAAUAAAUUCACCCCAAAAUUAACAUUUACUCACUAUUUCCUCUCCCUCUAUUGGUUAUAAAUCUUUAUGAGUGUCUUUGUUGGAAUGUUGGGAACCUGUACCCAUUGACCUCCACAGUAUUUGUUUUUCCUACUAUGAAGGUCAAUGCUUACAGGUUUUCUUCUUUAGGGUACGUUCUUUAUGGAAGUCAGUAGUUACUGGUUUUCAGCAUUCUUCAAAAUAUCUUCUUUAGCGUUCAACAAAAGAAAGACACAGAAGAUGAUAUUUUGAAGAAUGUUGGAAACCUGUAACCAUUCUAUUUGUUUUUCUGCUAUGGAAGUCAAUGGUUACUGGUUUUCAACAUUCUUCAAAAUAUCUUCUUUUGCAUUCAACAGAAGAAAGAAACUCAUAAAGGUUUAUGACCACUUGAGGGGGAGUAAAUGAUGACAGAAUUUUCAGUUUGUGUGAGCUGCCGCUUUUAAGUGUUUUUUUUACUGAUCUUGAAUUAUUAUUAUUAUUAAUACAGCAGCAGCAGCAUGUAAGGAUCAUCCAGAUCAUAUUCCAUGUGUAUAUAGUUCACAUUUCAUAUUCAUUUCUCUGGUUUGAGUAUUAAAAACCAACUUGUUUGUUUGUUUUUUUAAUUUUGUGACGAUUUCUUCAUUCGAGGUCUUAGUCUUUCUGUCUCCCGGUGAUUUAUAUUGUUAGGAAAACAUUUGAUGUGAUGAUUUUGCAGUGAAAGGCUAUUUAAUCUGUAUCCGUAUGUGUCAAAUAUACAAAGUUUGAUUCACAC